AUGUUCUACAUAAUGUACCUUACAGGCCUUUGCCAGCGCCGUCACUGGCCGGACCCACUCUUCCAAACCUACCGCACCCGCCUCGGAUACGGAUGCACUGUACGAGUGAACAACAGGGAAUAUUCGACCGACGUCGAGUACGAAUCGGAUGAAUUGGCAAAGAACGCCGCUGCCACCCGCGCUUACAUGAUCUGCCGCAACUUCUCCGUGAACGACGGCAUGUACCCCGGUCAGCGUCCCGGCCAAGGCGGUGUCGUCCAAGGCCUACCUGUUGCCAUCGGUACCGGACGCAGGGGCACCGUGUCAUCCACCGAGUAUGACAGCUCAAAUUCAAGCGGCGGAAACAGCCCCCGCUCAGAGUACGGUCUGGAGGACUCUGCCGGUCGAAGGUCCAGUAAAUCCUCCACAUCCUCCACCUACCAUUGCAUGUGCGGCCGUGGUGCCAUCCGUGCGUACGAGCGGUGCACGUACUGUCUUCGCGAUGCGGGAGUCCGCUGUUAG